AUGGACACUGAAUUUGGCAAAAAUUUGCCGGCAAGAAUCCUCUACCUUAAAAAAAAAAGUAAACAAGGAAACAUUUUAUGUUUCUUGCGGCUAUAAUGUUGACAAAUCCACCCAACGAUAGAAGCGUACAAGUUUUGGUUCGGCAUGGUUGAAAUUUGGUACGGACAGGUUGUUUACACUGCAAAUUUUAUCCGAGCCGAACCCUCUUUUUGGAACCCGUGCCAUUUUCACCCGAGCCGUGCUCUUAAAUCAUAUAUUUGAAAAUCAUAUACAGAAUCAAUUCAAACUUUUACAAGCUAAGCUUUCAUGUUACGGCAACGGAGCCUUCUCCUAUGGCGAAGGGAGUCUCCGUCGUAUCAUUUUUUUAAAGUAGAUGCUGUAGAUGCCUACAGCUUUGUAUCAUAUUCACUACUUUAACAUUGCUCAUACACCGAAUGCUUGUUUACCUCUCAAACUUUUGCAAAAGCAUUGUAGUCCAUUUUCCUUGAGACGACUGGAAAAAGGAAAAGUCAGAAACUAAUUACAAAUUUUGGGGAUAAAAAGGCGUAUUAUGGGCAAUGUGUAAAUGGUGAAUCAACAGGAUAAAAAGCAUUUUGAUUAAAUCUUAUUUAUAUGCAAGAGUACUGAAAUCUAUUCGACGGCUGUGUAAACUAUUCAGAAUGUUUAGUAGCAUAGAUACCAAAAUUGUUUUCCAUUUUCUAAGUGUUGACUCGUUCAUGCCCACUAUUCAAAUCACAUGUAUUGAAGAGAUCAAUAAACACUUUAUUCUGGAUUAACAUGUAAAAUGAAAAUAAUCUUAAAAUCACAUAAACCAAAUAAUACUAACGGUUUUUUAUAUUCGAACGAAAUCAGUAUUUUCCUGCCAAUUUAAACGAAUUCUUAACAUAGACCUCCUGUAGACCACUGUUUCAGAUAAUCAUUGGAUCACCAGCUCAGAUUUUUAGUAGAUCAAUUAAUAAAUGUUUUUCUUUUCUGUCUUUUUGCCUCUCAAACGUUGGAGUAGCAGACAUUGGAUUUGGCUGAACUAUUAAACUCCCUCUACGUUGUUUGCAUUAAUUAGUUAAACUGUAAAACACACAAAUGCAAAUCAGCCUAAUAAUUACUUAAUAACUGGGAAUUCAUCAAGAUCUGUGUUCCUUCGGGUGUUGGAAACUUCUUCAGGAUGUAAUUCAAUGCAAAUUUAUCUUUCGCGGUGGUACACCAGAACAGACCACAUUUUGUGGAGAGACUUCAUCUGUACAAUAUAUUUCUUUGUGUCCGCAGAGAUUUUUAUCAUUGCUAUUUCGAAAACAUGGAAUGGAAAUUUCGCGUCUUAUUUUUCUUGGUUAUCUUCGUAAUAUUUGGAGUACUGAUAAUGCUAUCGUCGUCAGAAAUCAAGAAAGGUAAGAGUGCAAUAAAUUUAAAAAAUAAUGGCGUUAUUCAUGGUUUUUGUUGCCUCGACUAUGACUAAACCUGAAUCGGGAUUUAACAUAGAGAGGAUCGCAUUUUUUUGCUUUACCGUACUAGUGCUGCAACACCUUUUAAACUGAGUGGUUCUAUAAACAGUUACCCUUAUUAAGGAUAGUAAGGAUUUAUUUCUGCCAUCAUUCAGAUAAAAUUUGAAUUCAUCAUUUUAAAAAUAUAAUAUUCAAAAAGUCUCGUCGAAAGAAGUGGUAAAAUUAACAACCUGCUGGAAAUUAAAAGACGUCUCAAUGAAUCUUGCUGUUUCCAGUAUUCUAUUCUCUCAGCAUGAUUUCAAGUCACAAUUUUCAAAAGCUCUUUCUUUCAAUCGACAGACGAGAUCACGUGACUUCAUGAGGCACUUAAAAUUAUCCCGUUUUGUGGCGGUCGCUCUGAGUGAGGAAAUUCUGUUAAACAUGUUUAUGCCAGAGUAAACAAGCAACAAUUUGACUUCAGCGAAGUUUAAGAGCCAAUCUUGGACUUAUUCUGCCUUCAAGAUUUCCAAAAAAACCUCUUGUACACGCAGACUUAAACAAAUUUCCGAUCUAGUGUUCCUAAGGGUUGACUGGCGCUGGUAAUUAGUUAUCAGUGAGUUAUGACAUGCAUGUCACCCUGUGCUUACAAGUCAUACAUUUAUUUUGUUCUGUUUCAAAACAAAGCCGACAACCAUCAUGCUAUAAUUUUCUUCCCCUUUAAUCUUCCACAUCACUCACGUAUUACUUCGUUCUUGUUGACACGAGAACAUAACGUUCCUUUAAAACUGUUCUUCUUUGCUCCUUUCUUUAAGUGUGGCCAAGGCUUCACACACAUUACAGGAUUUUGAGUUUCUAAGCCUCGGCAAAAAUUAUGGAUGAAAAGCGUCCGUUCAUUCCGGAGGGUUUAGAAUGCCGAGCACGGAUAGAAAAAAGCUUUUAUCCUAGAAUUUUGUGGCUUUUUUGUCGCCUUGGAAUUGCCAUGUUUUGGCUAGAAUGCCAGUUCUGACGGUUGAAAUGACCUGCGGCUUGAUUUGAUAGGUCUUGCCAUUUAUCAUUUCUCGGCGUUUCGCCUAAGUGAAUCUUUUUACUUAGGCUAUGUUCACGCUUUACCGGAUAGCUUUGCGCUGCCACGAAAAUCAUAACGGAUGGGGAUUCUGUUCGCACACAAAAACGGCGAUUGCGGCGCGACUGCUGUGACGACGAUCGGAUAGGUUUUCAGUGUGCCAUACUUUAGUGCAAUGUGAACCAAGAGAGACAGACAUUCUCUCUUGGUGUGAACACAAUAAGUAGGAGUAAGUAGGAACGAGGACUGAAUAUUCAGGAGUGAGGACUGUACCAACCCUCUAGGAACGACUUGUCGAUCCCCCUCCAGGCUGUUGCUGUUCGUACUGCACCCGACGUCAUGCAGCUUUUCGUGGCGCAACGAAAAGCUAUCCGCUAUCCGAUAUAGUCUAUUUAUUUAUUUACCAGCUUUUCUGGCAUAGGCCUGCCCAGAGGGAAUACGCACGAACGGGACUCGGGUCCCAUACGAGGUGCCAUCCCUACCCAAUCCCACAACCCGCAAAGGUUGACCACACCACCGCGGUCUACGGCCCCUACUCUUUUCGAAUAGUGAUGGGGGUUCUUUUACGUCCCACAAGAACAAAUCAGUGAAAGUGCUGUGAGACGGGACCUACGGUUUUACGUCCUUAUCCGAGAAGACUAGAAAGUCUAACCAUUUGCAGAUGUCAUUACAAAGGCAGCACUUUCCUCUCAGUUAAUUAAAGACCCUGAGUCUUGGUCCGACCGGGGUUUUAACCGCCGAGACCGGCGCUCUCCCAACUGAGCUAACCAGGCGGCGGUCAAGACGAUCUGAACAUAACCUUAUUUUAGUUUUCCUAACAUCGCCCAGGCCUGAGUAAGGCCACUGUCUGUUGAAACGCAGCGAUAUAAAUUUUUCUCUCUUUUCAGUUUCAGAAGCGCGGAUUGCAAUCCAGACUGAUGUGUCGGUAAGUAAUAGAACAUAGUGUAACUAUUAAUUAAAUUGAGUAAAAACCAAAAUGCAGCCCUUAAUCGGUCUCGUCAAAUUAGAUACCUCAGCACUUAAAUGGACGACCACAUGAAAAGAAUUUUGUAAUGACAUUUAAUAUUCAUUGAAUAUGCGUCUUAGGCAGGUUUGGAUGUAGCUAUCAAGAAAGACUGAAAACCCAAUAGUUUUCUUGUUUUCACAGACAGUGACGGCCAUAUCAGCACAAGAACUUUUGCUAACUAAACUAGCUGAAAGGCAAGAAAUGAGGAUACAACAACUGAAAAAUUACUGCUUGGAACAUUCGAACGAAAAGUUACCGUGGGACAGAAAACGGCAACUCGACCAAUUUCUUGUCGACGAUGACAAUAAAUUUAUUUACUGUGCCGUUCCUAAGGUGGGAACCACACCCAUGAAGAUGACGCUACUGCGUUUGAGGAACGACAGCAGAAUAAAACUUACGGGAGGUUCAGUUCAUCUUCCUAAAUACUGGAGGCGUUUAAGUGAUCAAGAAUUCAACGAAACAGAGUUAUCCAAACGUCAAAAUACACAUUUCAACUUUCUGUUUGUUCGAGAGCCGUUUCACCGACUUCUGUCCGGCUACAAAGAUAAAUUCUUUGGAAAAAACAGAGUUUAUACCAACGGGUAUCGUCAACUGAUAGUGAGAGCUUUGAGGCCAAAGGACGAGGAGAAGUUUGCAACAGAGACGAAUAACGUUACAUUCACCGAGUUUCUAACGUAUCUCUUAUCUGAUAGAAACCCGAUGAUUCGCGAUGGUCACUGGAAGCAAGCACAAAAACUUUGCUUUCCGUGCGCUUUUGACUUCGACUUUAUUGGCCAUUUUGAGACGCUUCAAGAGGACGCAGAUUAUUUGCUGAGCAAAACGGGUUUUAAUGACCGUGUUAAAUUCCCAGUCGUACGUACGUCACAGGUUUCUAGUGAAUUUUUAGAGUAUUACUCAGAAGUUCCAAAGGAAAUAAUAUUCAAACUGGGAGAAGCUUUCAGGAGUGACUUUGAAAUGUUCGGCUAUGCAUUCCCUGGACCUCUAAAAAGUUUACUUGAAAACUAUUUUAAUAAUAGUACCCAAAGUUAA